AUGUCAAGCAACAGCAACAUGUGGCGCACCCUCUCAGCUCUGGCAGUCCUCACUGCCCUCUCCCCAGCCCGAGCCGCCUCAUUCAAUCCCUCGACGUACACAUGGUACACCACCCCAGCCGCGGACUUCGCCUCCACCCUCCCCAUCGGCAAUGGCCGUCUCGCAGCCGCAAUCUGGGGCGGCGCCAUCGACAACAUCACCCUGAACGAGAACUCCAUCUGGAAUGGCCCCUUCCAGGAUCGUGUGAACCCGAAGGCGUACGAGGGGUUUACCGAGUCGCGGGCUAUGCUUGAAACCGGGAACCUCAGUGCAGCGAGCGAUGUUGUCUUGCAGGAGAUGGUGAGUAUUCCGAGCAGUCCGAAGGCGUAUAACCCGCUGGGAUCAUUGAGGUUGGAUUUUGGACACGACGCAAGUAGUGUGGAGAAUUACACGCGCUUUUUGGACCUGAAUAAGGGGGUUGCGGGUGUGAGGUAUCAGGUGGGGAAUGUGGUCUAUAGUCGGGAGUAUGUUGCUAGUCAUCCCAAUGGGGUAUUGGCUAUUCGGCUCAAGGCGAGCAAGGACGGUGCUUUGAAUGUGGUUACGAUGUUGGAGAGAAGUAAAUAUGUGGAGAGCUUGACUGCUGAGAGCAGUAAUGGAAUGGGCACUCUAACCCUGAAGGCGAAUAGUGGGCAGAGUACGGAUCCUAUCAGAUUUACUGCGCAGGCGAGGGUGCUGAGCCGUGGAGGUCAAAUCACCAGCAAUGGAACCUCGCUUGUGGUCACUGGUGCCUCGAUAGUGGAUAUCUUCUUUGACACGCAGACAUCCUAUCGAUAUCCCGAUGAGACUAAGCGAGAUGCGACUGUCGAGAAACAGCUAGACGCUGCAGUAAAAUUUAACUACCCUGCAGUGAAGCAAGCUGCAACUUCAGACUACCAGUCUCUUUCUGCCCGCGUCAGACUGGACCUGGGCUCGUCCGGAUCCGCGGGAAACCAGCCCACAGACAUCAGGCUCAAGAAGUACAAAACCGACGCUAGCAGUGACCCCGAGUUGGUGACCUUGAUGUUCAACUUUGGCCGACACUCGCUCAUUGCAUCCUCCCGCGCAGGAGCAACAGCUGGUCUUCCCGCCAACCUCCAGGGUAUCUGGAACCAGGACUACUCGCCCGCCUGGGGAGGCAAAUACACCGUCGACGUCAAUCUGGAGAUGAACUACUGGCAUGCGCAGGUCACCAAUCUUGCAGACACGUUCGAGCCUGUCAUUGAUCUGAUGGAUAAGGUCCUCGCACAUGGAGAAGACGUCGCCAAGAAAAUGUACCAUUGCGACACUGGGUAUAUCCUGCACCACAACACCGAUCUCUGGGGGGAUGCUGCCCCCGUGGACAACGGAACCAAGUGGACCAUGUGGCCGAUGGGCAGUGCGUGGAUGUCGAUGAACCUGAUGGACCAGUACCGCUUCACCCAAGACAAGACCCUCUUGCGAGAGCGUAUCUGGCCGCUCCUGAAGAGCGCAGCCGAUUUCUACUACUGCUACCUCUUCGACUUCGAAGGCUACUACACCAGCGGUCCGUCCAUCUCCCCCGAGAAUGCAUUUAUAAUCCCGAAGGACAUGACUAUCGCGGGUGACUCCACUGGAAUCGACCUCGCCCCAACAAUGGACAACCUUUUACUCCACGAGCUCCUCGCCGCCAUCAUCGAGACCUGCAAAGUCCUUGGUAUCACAGGCGAGGAUCUGACCAACGCACAAAAGCACAUUUCCAAGAUCCGACUGCCCGAUAUCGGCUCCUACGGCCAGGUCCUCGAAUGGAGACGCGAGUACGAAGAGACCGAAGCAGGACACAGACACAUGAGUCCCAUCCUGGGUCUCUACCCGGGCUCCCAGAUGACACCGCUUGUCAACCAGACCCUGGCGGACGCAGCCAAGGUCCUUCUGAACCACCGCAUCAACUCCGGCAGCGGCAGCACGGGAUGGUCGCGCGCGUGGACGAUGAGUCUCUACGCGCGCUUGUUCGACGGCAAUAGCGUCUGGAACCACACGCAGUACUUCCUGCAGAAAUACCCGACCGACAACCUCUGGAACACGGACCAGGGACCCGGCAGUGCGUUCCAGAUCGAUGGCAAUUUUGGCUUUGCGGCGGGAAUCGCGGAGAUGCUGCUGCAGAGUCAUGCGGUGGUGCAUCUCCUGCCGGCGUUGCCGUCGGCUGUUCCGAGUGGGAGUGUGAGCGGCUUAGUGGCGCGGGGGAACUUUGUCGUUGAUAUGAAAUGGAGCGGUGGGGAGCUGCAGCAUGCCAGGGUUGAGUCGAGGAGUGGAGGGGUACUGGCUUUGAGGGUGCAGGAUGGAGAGUCGUUUACUGUGAACGGGGAGAAGUAUACGAAGCCAAUCCAGACAGUUGCGGGCAAGUCGUAUACGGUCAGGUUGGAGUGA